UUUUAGAUUUCUUGACAAAAUUGAUUCAUCUGUAGAAUUUUUUUCAUUUUCUCUAUUUUCUCGGACAAUUGGUGCUUUAGGAGAAGCUGUUGUCCUAAAUGCUGCCUACCCCUUAGCAACACAAAUGUUUUCAGUGCAACAUAGAGGAAAAGUUGUGGGAACACUGGAUUUCUUCUUUGGGGUUGGGGGAAUGGCUGGUCCCUCAGUAGGAAGCUUAUUGUACAGUAUUUCUGGUGGGUUUGCUCUCCCGUUUUGGACAACUGGCAUCAUAAUGGUUGUGCUGGGAGCUAAGAUGCUUUUGGGGAAGAAUAAAAUAAAGAUAGAAGCUGCUACUACUCUUGAACAUUCGGAAACCUCACCUUGGAAGAAAUUGUUGAAAUGUUCGGGUUUUAUUGAGAACAUCGCUUCUGUUUUAUUUGUUUUGGGACCUGCUACUAAAUGGCAUUCUGCAUCCUUUGAGCCGCAUUUCAUAGAAUUGUAUGGAAUUUCCCCCGAAGAGGUUGGAUUGAUGUAUAUGGCAGAAUGUUUGACCUAUGCUAUUGCAACUCCUGUAUCUGGAUUUGUCAUUGAUUGUGGAUUCCCUCUAAAAUGGAUGCUUUUAGUUGGACAUGUUGUGGUGAUUAUUGGAGGCAUGGCAUUAGGUCCUUUUCCAGGUCUUUGGUUUCUACAUAAUAUCCCUGCUACUGUAGUUUCCUGGGGGCUUAUUGGUGUUGGCAUAGCAUGUUCUUAUCCUGCUUCACUGUUAAAUCUUCUGCAAUGUGCCAGAGAGGCAGGUCUUCAAGAAUCUGAAGAGACUACUAGCCGAAUUGCUAGUGUGUGGCUAUUGUUUAAUUAUCUUGGUGGAUUCCUAUCUGCUCUUGUCGGUGGAAUCAGUUAUGAUCUAAUUGGGUUCUCCUGGAGCACAACUUUGCUUGUUAUUCAAAUGGGAAUAGUGACUAUUGGAAUACAGAUCAGUUUCAUGUUUCGAGCAAAACAUACAGAAUAUCAAUUGAUUCAAGAUUUUAGCCCUGAGUCAAGUCUAUGACUAAAAGAAGAAAGAAACCAAAGCUAGUUACUAAGAUUAUAGAAAAUGAAAACUUAAAGAUGUGUGUAGAAAAUUUGGCUAUUGAAUGUCCAAUAAAUGUCUUUAAUUUA